UCACAAUACAUUAACACUUUCAUUUUUUCUCGGAAUAAGAGAGCAAGAAAAUGGGAUCUCAAGCCAUUCCCAGCGUACAAAAGCCACACGUAGUUUGCGUUCCUUACCCAGCUCAAGGCCACAUCAACCCUAUGAUGAAAGUGGCCAAACUCCUCUACGCUAAAGGCUUCCACGUCACCUUCGUCAACACCAUCUACAACCACAACCGUCUCCUCAAGUCCCGUGGGCCUAACGCCGUCGACGGGCUUCCUUCUUUCCGGUUUGAGUCCAUCCCUGACGGUCUACCGGAGACUGAUGUGGACGUCACUCAAGACAUCCCUAGCCUUUGCGAGUCCACAGUGAAGCACUCUCUCGCUCCGUUCAAGAAGCUUCUCCGGGAGAUCAACGCCAAAGAUGAUGUUCCUCCAGUGAGCUGUAUCGUAUCCGAUGGUUGUAUGAGUUUCACACUUGACGCAGCGGAGGAGCUUGGUGUCCCGGAGGUUCUUUUCUGGACAACCAGUGCUUGUGGCUUCUUGGCUUAUCUAUACUUUUAUCGCUUCAUCGAGAAGGGGUUAUCGCCGGUAAAAGAUGAGAGUUACUUGACCAAGGAAUACUUAGACACAGAAAUAGACUGGAUACCAAUGAUGAAGAACCUAAAACUAAAAGACAUCCCUAGCUUCAUCCGAACUGCUAAUCCUGACGACAUCAUGCUCAACUUUCUUGUCCGUGAGACUGAGCGAACCAAACGCGCUUCAGCUAUCAUUCUUAACACGUUCGAUGAUCUCGAGCAUGAUGUCAUACAAUCUAUGCAAUCUAUUAUACCUCCGGUUUACUCUAUCGGACCGCUCCAUCUACUCGAGAAACAAGAGAUCGGUGAGGAUAGUGAGAUCGGACGGAUGGGAUCGAACCUUUGGAAAGAGGAGACGGAGUGUCUUGAUUGGCUAGAUACCAAAGCUCAAAACAGCGUUGUUUACGUUAACUUCGGGAGCAUAACAGUGUUGAAUGCAAAACAGCUUGCCGAGUUUGCAUGGGGUUUGGCGGCAACGGGGAAAGAGUUUUUGUGGGUGAUACGGCCAGAUUUAGUAGCCGGGGAUGAUGCAAUGGUGCCACAAGAGUUCUUAACGGAGACGGAAGACAGGAGGAUGUUGGCAAGUUGGUGUCCUCAAGAACAAGUCCUUUCCCACCCAGCCAUUGGUGGGUUCUUGACGCAUUGUGGAUGGAAUUCGACGUUGGAAAGUCUAUGCGGUGGAGUUCCUAUGGUGUGUUGGCCAUUCUUUGCAGAGCAACAAACAAAUUGUAAGUUUUCUUGUGACGAAUGGGAGGUUGGGAUUGAGACUGGCGGAGAUGUGAACAGGGAAGAGGUCGAGGCAGUGGUUAGAGAGUUGAUGGAUGGAGAGAAGGGAAAAAAGAUGAGAGAAAAGGCGGAAGAGUGGCGGCGCUUGGCGAAAGAAGCGACAGAUCAUAAACUUGGUUCAUCGAUUGUGAAUCUUGAGACGGUUGUGAGAAAGAUUCUUUUAAGGGAGUAGGAAACUGCACAAGUAUACAAUGUUAUAUUUUCAACACAAGAUGGUUAUAAAAAUAUGUUAUACAUAAAACGCUGGUCGAGUAUAUGUGUUUUUAAUAGUCUGUGGUGAUAUAUAUACGUCGAAAUUGUGUAAUUGUUUUGUGAUGUUUGCACCAAAUUAAAAUGUGAAAUUGCGUUAACCGA